AGAAAGAGGAGUCUGCGUGGAAAACAUUGCGCUAGAAGUUGGAUUCAAAUCACAUGUGCGGAUUUCGCGCGAUACACGUGCAAGACUGUCCAGAGUCAAGUUGGAUUUUUGUGUUUGUAAAAAGCUUAUUAUUAUAUGUUUUCUGUGUCAUGAUUUUUUUUUUAAAGAAUGGAUGAAAAGCAGUCAGAUUUGCGUAAUAACAUAAUUGGCCGCAUUAAUGAGGAAAAGGUGAAGAAGAAGAACAAGAAGAGAAAGAAAAACAUGAACUUGCAUGAACUCACUGAAAGUUCAGAUGUGCAGACUGAGAAGCAUAAUGAAAAGAAACAAAAGAAAAACAUUGGAGAAUUGGAGAAUACAAAUCUGCAGACACCUACAGGUAAAAAGAAAAAAAGAAAAUUGAAUGAAGGAGGCGAGAUUGUCGUCUCUAGAGAGGCUUCAAUGGAUGGUGGUGUCUCAAGCUUGCAUCAAGUAAAGAACACGAAAGCACCCACACCAGAAUCACGAGAACCGCAGGGUUCAAUUGUAGAGAAGUCUGCUAAAGCAAAGAAAAAGAGAGCAAAUGUAACCGAGACAAACUAUGAUGACAUGGCACAAGAAGAACAGACUGUCAUGACGCCAGAACCUGAGGAGGUCCCAUACGUGAGCAAGGAAAGUGGCUUUCCUGCCCUACCAACUGGGACUAAAAAGCAUGACAAAAGGAAAAAGCUUUUGGAGGAACCACUAGUUGAUACAAAUCUCCUCAAUGAACUGAAAGAAUUUUGUCCUAAAAUAAAAUCAAGACAACCGGAUGAAAUCAACAAGAUGAUCAUUUAUGACCUGCCAAGGUUCAGAGAAUUCAGAAAGGAAGGCAUCAUGUUGAGACAUGGAAGAUUCUCUGAUGCAGAAAAUGAGAAAUUAAGACAAAAUGUUGAAGAUUUUAUCGCUCUCACAGGAGUGAAAGAUGCUACUAAGCUCUUUCAUCCAAAAAGGUUCCCAGAAGAGAGAAGGGAAUUGAUAAAGUUGAAAAAGGUCUACAGGUUUUUUGAAAGGAUUGCGGAAGGAAUUCCCAGGCCUUGUCAUGAUGUUUUUAGCCGUGGAAGGAAAGUUUUUGACGGUACAAACUAUAAAGGAAGGUUUUCAGAAGAAGAAGUCAAAUCAUUGCUCAAGUAUCACUCAUUACAUGGCAGUAACUGGCAAAAGAUUUCUGAGCUGACUGGUCGAAGUUCUUACUCUCUUGAGAAACGCUUUGCCCAAAUUACUAAAAAAAUUGGACCGUGGUCCAUGAAGGAGGAGCAGAGACUUUUGAGGGCUGUGCGAGACCAUAUUGUAACAUUGCUGAAAUCAGAGUCUCCCAAUAACACAACACCAAAACGAGUCAGUAGAGAAAUGCUCUACCAAAAAUUGCCCUGGUACAAUAUUACUCUGAAGGUUAAAACCCGAAAUUGGACCAAAUGCAGAGAGAAAUGGUUGUCCAUGCUCGCUGUACGGAUGUCCUCAGGGACUUUAUGUAGGGGAAGGAAAGCUCAGGAGGCCAAAAUCAGACUCAUUAAAGCAAUGUAUCAACUGCAAGUGGAGGAUGUUACGGAUGUCGACUGGGAUGAUCUUACGACUGUAUUCGGGGAUGUUCCUCCAGCACAUGUGCAAGCAACGUGGCACAAACUUAAAGUUUGCUAUGUGCCAGAGUGGAAGGCCAAGUGUUUUGGAGACAUUGUUGACUUCCUCUAUGAGAAAGUCUUGCCAGUCCUAGAGAAAGAUUGUGAAGACCUUGAUGACAGUGAACUGAAGGUUGACCAGAAGCAGAGCUUCCUUCUUUCUGACAUUUUUUCUGACAUUAAUGAGGAUGAUUGCAGUGACAGUGAUGCAGAGAGUGGCCAGAAAGAGGACACUUGAACUAUGAUCACUUGUACUGGAUAAUUAGACCUUAAAAAUUAUUUCUUUAAAUCAUCACAAUAAAUAUUCCACCACUGUAGAGAAAAAAAAAAAAACACGUUUAAGAUGUUUGAUAGUUCCUUUUUUAUUUUUCUGUUCAUUUAUUUUUAUUCAAGCUUUGAAUAAACAGAAUUUGAUUAUGCAAUUUAAA